UUUAUAGAAUCGGAUAGAUCUGUUCCUUUUGAAAAGCAGAUAAUCGUAAAAACUAAGGAAUUCUCAACAGAUCACCACAUAUUGAUGAAAAAUGAAGAGAACAAUUUGAAAAGACGUCGUGUGUUUGGUGCUCAUUUUCAACUUCACUUUGCUUCUAACACUCGUUUCGAACUUAAACGGCGUGUUUCAGGUGGUACUAUUCAUGCAACUGAAGGAAUCCAUGGGAGCAUUUCAGGUGGUACUAUUCUUGCACCUGAAGGAGUCCAUGGGAGAAUUUGUGGAAUAAGAGAAUAGGUGGAAACAGUUCUUGGUUCCAUACAAGCUGAUGGCUGGUUGCAAGGUCUAAGACAGGUCGAAUCUCCAGUGAGUCCUGAAAAAGAAGCCAUCCAUCAUGGACAUACUAGCAGUUCCCCCGUCUUGGAGCAGGGGAGGAUGCACCUUUACGAUGGGAUCUUGUGCGAGUCAAGAUAAUAUCUCCUGGAACGCCAUCAGUGUCGCCCAUCGAAAGAGUUGGAAAGUACGUGAACCCAGAGAUAGUAUUGAUGUCCGAAUUUCUAGGAUUGGGAAGUUUUAUAGGAGCUGUAGAUCCAUGUAUGACGGGCUUCCUUAAUUCCACCACGGUUGUAAUGUAAUGCACUGGCGGGAGUCGUUGCGAAUAAGCUUCAAGUUUUCUCAUGAGCAAGGGCAUUGAGGAGGUGGUUGUCCAUCUGAGCUCUUCCAUUUCAGUAGGGUUUCACAUAUGAAAGGUGGGAUAUUCAAGUAUCUAGAGGAAGUUCCAGAAGCACAGAGCCUGUGGGAGGUGGAGUAUUUUGUAUUGGACAAGAGAGUCUCUGUUGCAUGAAUUAGCUUAAGGAAGCAUCGACUUUUUUCUAUGGGUGCAAACAACCUGUAAGCGAUGCUGACAUGGAAGCUUUCGAGUGGGAAUAUGGAGUUUCAUGCCUCUAUUGUUUCUCCAAGAAAUCUGAAGAAGAGAAAGAUAGGACAAGCCCAUAUCGUUUCUCCGCAAAAUCUGAAGAAGAGAAAGAUAGGGUAAGAGUUUGCGUACAAAGAGCUACUUAAAGGUUAAACUGGGUAAACAGUCAUUUAUCUUAAAUAUAGUAUUGCAUAUAAAGGUGGGUAAAUAACCAUUUAAAAAAAAUUACCUGUAAACACUAUAGGAUAAUUAUUCAUAAGGAAGGUUUACCAAAAGGCAAUAUGUAGGAGCAAUUAGAUGGAUUGAUCAAAAGGGUCUCACUUUUAUCAUAUGCAAGUACAAUCUCAAAUCUGAGUCUGAUGAGAACAGACAAGAGGACGAGAAAUGCAAUGAAAUCGUUGCAUCUAUCAAGUAGAGCACAAGAUAUUAGUCUAUUUCAUUGAGAGCAUUAUGAGCUUCCAAAGAAGGAAUGUCAUAGAGUAGAUAUGGUUUGCAUUGACUGAGGAAGGAAAGGUUCUCCUGAGUCGUAUUUCGAGAAAACCGAUAUUUGCACAAGUCGCAGCCUUGUCGGACAAAGAUAUUUGUCGAUACAGAGAUAAGGGGUCCCAAUCCCAAUGAACCUGGCCAUGGCCAAGCUAGGGCGAAUCAAAACCUAAAUUGGCAAAUGUGAUGAUUGUAAGAGCUCAGCUUUAGACCAGAGAACUCAAGAGGAAGCAAAAGCACCAUUAUACUUCAGCUUGCGAACUCAUGAUGGAUGCUAUUGGAGGAUCGUCAUCAGUUCAUCAUGGUCGUAUGCUUUACCUUUAUGUUUUUGCGGUGUUGUUGAUUAUUGGAUGUGGUUUCUUUGAUCUGGCUCUUUCUCACCGGCUACCAGACGUCGAAGUCGAGGCUCUAACAGAAAUAGCAAAGACAUUAGGAAAGCAAGGAUGGGACUUUGCAAAAUUGGAUCCCUGUAAUGGUACCGAUGGUAUUAACUGUAAUUGCACUUCCUCUGGCGACGCCGUCUGCCAUGUUACAGCAAUAGUGCUUGAUAGACAGAGCUUAGCGGGCAUAUUACCUCCAGAGCUUGUCAAGCUUCCUUACCUCCAAGUAAUUAACCUUGACCGCAACUACCUCAACGGUUCAAUCCCAAAAGUAUGGGGUUCUAUGAAGUUGGUGAACAUCUCGCUCUUUGGAAAUCGAUUAUCUGGCCCAAUCCCGGAAGAGAUAGGAAAUAUCACUACUUUAAAAAAUUUAGCUUUGGAAAUCAAUCAACUCUCUGGGCAUCUUCCUCAAAAACUCGGAGACAUCGUAGGCAUAAACCGGAUAGUGCUUAGCUCGAAUAAUUUUACUGGGGAAGUGCCGCCAACUUUUUAUAAGUUAACCAACCUGACAGACUUCCGAAUAAGUGACAAUCAGUUCACUGGAAAGAUACCUAGCUUUAUAAAGAAUUGGACCAACCUUGAAAGACUAGAGAUUCAAGCAAGCGGUUUGGAAGGACCAAUUCCAUGUGACAUCUCUGCCUUGGAGAAUUUAUCAAUUUUGAAGAUUAGUGACUUACGUGGUAAUAAAUAUGGUCCUUUUCCACCACUUCAUAACUUGAAAAGCAUGUACAUACUUACUCUAAGGAGUUGCAAUAUUAACGGAACAUUACCCACCUACUUUAGCAGUAUGAAAAGGCUCAAGUCCUUAGAUCUCAGCUUUAACAAACUUUCGGGAGAAAUUCCAAACAACUUCAUCAAUCCUUCUCUAGUUAAAUUUCUGUACUUAACCGGAAACUUGCUGACUGGACCUUUACCGAGUUGGAUGCUUGGAGAAGUAAAAAGUAUUGAUCUUUCAUACAACAAUCUCACAUUGGAGAACUCAUGGGGUUGUCAACUGAACCGUACUAUAAAUUUAUUUGGAAGCUCUUCAAUAAGAAACAGCUCGAAUGGCAUACCAAAAUGCUUGAAGAGCCUCGUUUGUGAUCAACCGGAUCGUCAUUCGUUCAACAUCAACUGUGGUGGAGAAAGUUUUCUUGUGAAUGGAAGUGAUGAUGGCAACUACGAUUGGGAUCAGAAUGCAGAGGGCUCUUCGAACUUUUACCACCAAAGAACUAAUAAUUGGGCCUUAAGUACCACUGGUGAUUUCAUGGACAAUAAUGACGGUAGUGACAUUCUUAUAGCUGGAAUUCCUAUAACAUCUCUCUCGAUGGCGGAUUCAGAAUUAUACACGGCCGCACGCAAAUCUCCUCUAUCUCUAACUUAUUAUGGGUUUUGUUUGAUCAAUGGGAAUUAUACUGUGAACCUCCACUUCGCUGAGAUAGAAUUCCUCCCAAAUGAUAAAUCACAAGACAGUCUUGGGAGGCGUGUGUUCGAUGUCUACAUUCAGGGAAAGCUUAAGUUGAAGGAUUUCAAUAUUGUGAAAGCAGCAGGUGGAGUUCGCCAGGCAGUCAUUAAAACAUUCAAUGUGUCAGUUACUAGUAAUUCCUUGGAAAUUCGGUUUUACUGGGCUGGAAAAGGCACACAAAGGAUCCCUAAAGCCGGAUUCUAUGGUCCUCUUGUUUCAGCUAUUUCUGUAUUAAAUCCUGAUUUUGUACCUCCUCGUUCAAACACUCGUGGGAAAAACAUACCUGUAGGUGCUGUGGCAGGAAUUAUUGCUGCUGUAUUAUGUUUUGUCUUUAUUCUGGCGGGUGCCGUCUGGGGGAAGGUUUAUUUGGGGAGAAGAAAUGCGAUCGAUAAAGAACUAAGAGGUUUGGACCUAAACACUAAUUCCUUCACGUUGAGGCAAAUAAAAGCUGCAACGAACAACUUUGCUGCAGAAAACAAGAUUGGUGAAGGUGGUUUUGGACCUGUUUAUAAGGGAUAUCUGUUAGAUGGCACUAUAAUUGCUGUUAAACAACUAUCUGCCAAAUCUAAACAAGGAAAUCGUGAAUUUAUAAACGAGAUAGGCAUGAUUUCUGGCUUACGACACCCUAAUCUUGCAAAGCUUUAUGGAUGCUGCGUCGAAGGAAAUCAGUUGCUUCUUAUUUAUGAAUACUUGGAAAAUAAUUGCCUUGCCCGUGCAUUGUUUGAAGAAGAAGCGGUCCAAUUGAAGCUUGAUUGGCCAACAAGGCAGAAGAUUUGUAUAGGUAUAGCCAGAGGCCUAACUUAUCUGCACGAAGAAUCAAGGCUGAAGAUUGUUCACAGAGACAUCAAGGGUACUAACGUGCUUCUCGAUAAGGAUCUUAACCCAAAGAUUUCUGACUUUGGUCUGGCAAAACUGGACGAGGAAGAUGACACCCAUAUCAGCACUCGGAUUGCAGGUACUCGUGGUUACAUGGCACCGGAGUAUGCAUUAAGAGGCUAUUUGACAGAUAAAGCAGACAUUUACAGUUUUGGAGUUGUUGCGUUAGAAAUUGUAAGUGGGAAGAGCAAUACAAGUUAUCGGACAAAAGAAGAGUGUGUUUAUCUUCUUGAUUGGGCUUUAGUUCUUCAGGAGAAUGGAAAUUUAAUGGAGUUGGUUGAUCCAAAGUUGGAGUCUGAAUUUGAGGAGGAAGAGGUUUUGCGGAUGAUUAAUAUAGCUCUCAUGUGCACCAACACAUCUCCCACCUUAAGGCCUAAGAUGUCUUCAGUAGUCAGCAUGCUUGAAAGCCAAACUUCUAUCGGAGAAUUCGUUUCGAAUUCAAUAAGUGAAUCUACCGAUGAUUUGAAAUUCGAAGCGGUUAGAGAUUAUCAUUAUGAUCAAACACAGAGUAUUUCUAAGGAUACCCCGUUCUCGGAGUCUUCAACAUCUGCUGCUGAUCUUUAUCCGCUCAUUAACGAAUCAGAUUACUGGACUAACAGAGAUUAGAGAAGUUAUACAACUUCCAAGUCAUUAUAUAAACUAGUUCGAUAUAAGAGUUGAUGGAGUUUACAUAUGUGUUUAAAUGUAUAAUAUGCCUAUUCGGAGUUUUGUCCAACUUUUCAAUUCCCGCCUUGAAUUGUAAGUAAUAUAAUCUAUCCGCUGUGUUGGAGGAUUUUCAUAAAAUUACAUAUAUCAGUACUAUCGUUGAACUAGGUUUUCAUCGGUGCUACUGCCAAGAUAAUUGUUAUUGCUAAGGAUGGAUGUUAUUUCUAGUGUCACGUCAGAAGUGCUUGGUAUUUUAUUAGAGAAGUGUUUGGUUGUUGUCUCUUCA